UGGUUGCGUCAUUGUUAUUGUGCGCUGCUCCGAGGGGAGCUCCAGCUGUUGGGGGUCCGCUGGUCAUUUCGCCAGCGUUUCGCCGAUUUGACACUUUUCACGGACGAAGAGGCCAUGUCGGUACGAAAGGAGGCUUCGUCGGAGGACAAUUUGCAAGGUUCUUGGGUGGAGUUACACUUCAGCGGCGCACCCUCGCAAAGUUACGGUCGCCACGGGAGCCAGGAGCUCGUCAUGCCCACGUCCACUCAGCAGCAGGAUGACGUGGAAAACAUGCUGCUGGACGCCCAGCACGAGUCUGGCGGGAACAGUUCGGGAGGAAGUUCCCAGUGCAACAGCCCACGCAGAGCAGUGACCCCGCUUGUGUGGAGAGGUUCUGGUGGAAGCAGCUUGCAGUCGGACGAGGACCUCCAGGAAAGAAGACAGGAAGUGGAGCUAAUGAUGAAGAAAAACGCAGACUGGAUCUGGGACUGGUCCAGUCGACCCGAGAACAAUCCGCCAAAGGAGUUCCUGCUCCGGCACCCCAAGCGCUCCACCCCGCUCAGCAUCCGCCACAGCAGCGUGAUGAAGAAAGGGGGCGUCCUCUCGCCCGACGUCCUGCAGCUGGUCCUGCCCUCGUUAAUCAUCUCGCACAUACUCGCCAUCGGCCUCGGGAUCUACAUCGGGAAGCGCCUGACCUCUCACGGCACCUUCUGAGAAGUGUUGCGCUCGGACCUUGACGUGACUUCGGCAUGCCUUAAAAUGCAAAAAGAUUAAAUGUGAAAAAAAAAAAAAAAACAAGCGACGGUUGGCCAAGUGACUGAAACACCAAGUUGGUUCCCUCCCGACGCACUGAGCCAUCGUCGGACCCCCUCUCGGACUCCUCGGCGGCCCGUCUCGGUUUUCCGCUGCUUCCUCCUUCCUUACGUUAAAAUCUGCACGUUUUAUGAACUGAUCCUUUAUGUCUUUGCAUUGAAUCAUAUGAUCAGAGUUGUUACAUUAUAAUAUGUAUUACUAUUUUGUCAUUUGUAACCAGGGGAUAAUUUGUGUGCUGUGAUGUAUUAAAUAUGUUGCAUGAAGUCCAAUAAAAGCUGGAAAUGGACAGCGUUGUGAGUCGUGUUAAAAAAAAAAAAAAUCCCCCCCCGAAAAAAGAUAAACACAAUUAAAUUUUUAUUGAACUUUGGUCAAAAUAAUAAACAAUACAUUGCCACCAUGUUAGGAAUCAAUGGACGUAAGACAAUGCUUUGCGUGUUUCGUCUUGAACGUUCUUGUAACUUUCGUGUCUGCAUUCACAGCUACGGGGAGCGGCGACACGUCUGGAGGAAAACGUCCCGAAUUGGUAAGGACACGGUCGAGGGCUGUCAAUAUUCCUCCCGAAGAUCGGGAGGCACCCCCCCCCCCCUCACUGACGGCUUUUUUUUUCAUGUGUGCAAUGCGUUUUUCAUAGACGGCUACAAGUAGCAGCGGCGUAUGAGGACAUCACUCUAGAAAAUAGGAAUUACAAAUAAUGCACAUGAGGUUCGGGGCGAGGGAUGGGUGGGAUGGGGGGUAACUUGUAGCUGUCACUCUUAAAAAGUCGGAAUUAAGGCUGAGAUUCCCUUUGUCCGUCUUGUGCCGUGUGCGUUACCAGCCCGCAAAAAAGCUCACAAUUCAAAGACCGUCUUGAUAUCAACACAAAAAAAAAAAAAACCC